AUGGCUUCAAAUUCCAGCGAGUGUCCGGGGAAGACUGUACAAUACCGAGUUGACCAUCUAUUGAGUGCUGUGGAGAAUGAGCUACAGGCUGGGAGCGAGAAAGGAGACCCAACAGAAAGAGACCUUAAAGUCAGUCUGGAUGAAAUCGAGCUAUGGCAGAAGUUUAAGGAACUUACCAAUGAAAUGAUAGUUACCAAGAAUGGCAGACGAAUGUUCCCGGUGUUGAAAGUGAACGUCUCCGGUUUGGAUCCCAAUGCAAUGUACUCGUUCUUGCUGGAUUUCGUGGCUGCGGACAAUCACAGAUGGAAAUACGUGAAUGGAGAAUGGGUUCCAGGGGGCAAACCCGAGCCCCAGGCCCCAAGUUGCGUUUACAUCCAUCCAGACUCGCCGAAUUUCGGAGCCCAUUGGAUGAAAGCCCCGGUCUCUUUCAGUAAAGUCAAACUUACGAAUAAACUCAACGGAGGCGGUCAGAUAAUGCUAAACUCUUUGCACAAAUAUGAGCCUCGGAUCCAUAUUGUCCGUGUCGGUGGGCCACAGAGGAUGAUCACCAGUCACUCAUUCCCAGAGACGCAGUUCAUCGCAGUUACAGCAUACCAGAACGAAGAGAUCACUGCACUAAAGAUCAAAUACAAUCCCUUUGCUAAGGCUUUUCUUGACGCUAAAGAAAGGAGUGACCACAAGGAUAUAAUGGAUGAAGUCAGUGACAACCAGCAGUCUGGCUAUUCUCAGUUGAGUGGUUGGUUCAUCUCAGGAACAGGGUCUCUUUGCCCUCCAGCAAACUCACACCCACAGUUUGGAAGUCCCCUCUCUCUGUCCUCAUCGCAUGGUUGCGAUCACUACUCUACUUUAAGGAACCACCGGCCUGCACCAUACCCUAGUCCCUACACCCACAGAACUGCCUCCCCAACUGGUUACACGGAGAACUCCUCGGCUUGUCUGCCAAUGCUGGCCUCUCAUGAUAACUGGUCCGGUCUGCAGAUGCCCUCCCACUCCAGCAUGCUACCCAUCAACCAUGGCUCCCCCUCUGGCUCCAGUCCCAGUCAGUACCCCAGCCUGUGGUCAAUGGGAAACUCAUCCUUAACUUCGGUCUCUCCGUCUGGUAGCAGCAUGUCCAACAAUCUGGGCUCCCAGUUCCUCCGUGGUUCUACCAGCCACUACACCAGCCUCUCUCAUUCAGUUCCAGGACCCCCUUCCAGCUCCCCGUUGUACGACGGCACGGCUGGGUCCGACGUGCACGAUGCCUCACAGUAUGACACGUCCUCCCAUGUGCGUCUCCCUACAGCCUGGACUCCCAUCACCCCCCCCUCUCUAUAG